UCUCUUUCCCCGGCCACCAAACCGUGAGUGUAGAACUCACAGUUCUUCAGUAUAUUUAAAAAAGAAAAAAUAUAUAUAAAAAUUACAAAAUCCAUAAAACCUCAAUAAAAAAAGCACCUCUUUAACAUUGAACUAAAAUCGCAAGUAUUUAUUUAUUUUUGUUUUGUUUUGUUUUUGCUUCAAAAACAACACUAGGCCUCGGUGUUGUGCGACGCGACCAGUCCGGCACGGCCACAUCUCUCGUGAAGACGCUCGUGGGUUUUGAAGGCUGCGGCUGCACGCGCUUCCCCUGGCGGCUCGGUCUGACAAGUCGCGUAAAAGUUUCCGCGUGUACGGCGCAGGUCCGCUCCGCUCCGCCGCUCGCAGGACGCCCCGCUGCUCCGUGGCCGUUACGCACAGCCGGACACAGUCGCUGUCGUUGCUGGUAAUCCCGCGGACUCCCCCGGACGGCCGACGGCGAUCUCCAAAUGAACACGGCGAGCGCGGGGAGUUACCCGAUGGCUUCUCUGUACGUUGGCGACCUCCACCCCGACAUCACGGAGGCGAUGCUGUACGAGAAAUUCAGCCCGGCCGGACCGGUGCUUUCCAUCCGCGUCUGCCGCGACAUGAUCACGCGGCGCUCGCUGGGCUAUGCGUAUGUCAACUUCCAGCAGCCCGCGGACGCCGAGAGGGCCCUGGACACCAUGAACUUCGACGUGGUGAAGGGAAAACCCAUCAGGAUAAUGUGGUCCCAGAGGGAUCCGUCGCUCCGCAAGUCUGGGGUCGGGAACGUCUUCAUCAAGAACCUGGACAAGUCCAUUGACAACAAGGCCCUCUACGACACCUUCUCCGCCUUCGGAAACAUCCUGUCCUGCAAGGUGGUGUGUGAUGAGAACGGCUCGAAGGGCUACGCGUUUGUCCACUUCGAGACGCAGGAUGCCGCGGACCGUGCCAUCGAGAAGAUGAAUGGGAUGCUCCUGAAUGAUCGCAAGGUGUUUGUGGGGAGGUUCAAGUCCCGGAAGGAGAGAGAGGCAGAGCUGGGUGCCAAAGCCAAAGAAUUCACCAACGUCUACAUCAAGAACUUUGGAGAGGACAUGGAUGAUGACAGACUGAAAGAGAUCUUUGAUAAAUACGGUAAAACUCUGAGCGUAAAGGUCAUGACAGACCCUGCGGGGAAGUCCAGAGGGUUCGGCUUCGUCAGCUACGAGAAGCACGAGGAUGCAAACAAGGCGGUGGAGGAGAUGAAUGGCACAGAGAUGAAUGGCAAGGCCGUGUUCGUUGGACGCGCUCAGAAGAAGAUGGAGCGGCAGGCGGAACUCAAGCGGAAGUUUGAGCAGCUGAAGCAGGAGAGAAUCAGCAGGUACCAGGGUGUGAACUUGUACAUUAAGAAUCUGGAUGACACCAUUGAUGAUGAGAAACUGCGUAAGGAAUUCUCUCCGUUUGGCUCCAUCACCAGUGCAAAGGUGAUGCUCGAGGAGGGUCGCUCCAAGGGCUUCGGCUUCGUGUGCUUCUCAUCGCCGGAGGAGGCCACCAAGGCGGUGACUGAGAUGAACGGGCGCAUCGUGGGCUCCAAGCCGCUCUACGUGGCCCUGGCGCAGCGCAAGGAGGAGCGCAAGGCUCACCUCACCAACCAGUACAUGCAGCGCAUCGCUGGCAUGCGUGCCAUGCCAGCUAACGCCAUCAUCAACCAGUUCCAACCUGCCAGCGGUUACUUCAUGCCAGCCGUGCCGCAGGCUCAGAACAGAACCACGUACUACGCGCCCAGCCAGCUGGCGCAGAUGCGGCCAAACCUGCGUUGGCAGCAGCAGGGAGGCAGAGCGCAGGGUGGCUUCCAGGGCAUGCCCCCCUCCAUGCGUCAGCCCAGCCCACGCACCAACAUCCGCCACGUUGGUCCCGGCAGCUCCACGCAAGGACCUCGCGGAAUACCAACAGGUGCCCAGAGAGGGGCUGGUACGGGUCAGCUCGGUGGCCGCCCUGGGAUGGGCGUGACCACGCCCCGUACCAUGCCGCCUUACAAGUAUGCCACCUCUGUGCGAAGCAGCCAGCCUCAGCUGGUGCAACCCAUGGCCCUACCACAGACGCAGCCUGCCGUGCAUGUGCAAGGUCAGGAGCCCCUGACAGCCUCCAUGUUGGCCGCUGCCCCGCCCCAGGAGCAGAAGCAGAUGCUGGGCGAGCGUCUCUUCCCUCUGAUCCAGGCCAUGCACCCGAGCCUAGCAGGAAAGAUCACCGGAAUGUUGCUUGAGAUCGAUAACUCUGAACUCCUGCACAUGCUGGAAUCCCAUGAGUCCCUGCGCUCCAAGGUGGAGGAGGCUGUAGCUGUUCUCCAGGCUCACCAGGCGAAGAAAGACGCCACCCAGAAAGUAGGAGUCAAUUCUGCCACCGCGGCUGCUACGUCAUGACGAGUGACGCUCGCUCGCCAAAGGGCUGAAGUGAAGGCUUGUGAGGAGAACACUUCACUGUCUAGUGCAACCAACCUAAAAAACAGAAAACAUCAAAAAAGAGUAAAAAUAUAAUUUAAAAACCUACUUGAACAUUAAAGUUUUGUUGCAGGGCUUAUAUUUUUAACUCUGUAAUCAUUUUUAAAUAAAUACUGAUAGCCUAUUUAAAAAUGUAUUUAAAUGGUGGCGCUUUUCUUUGAGGGAAAACUCUCUGGAACGUGGCCGAGACGGUCCUUUUUGUACGAGGCCAUCCAGCUUGGUUCUUUUGCUUUGGUUGAGAGUCGUGUGUUUGCUGGUUUGUUUGGGGUUCUCUCCCACCUUCACAACCCUGAGUGGUGUGGCCGUCUAAAUAAAGGGAUGACUAUUUAAAAAGUA